ACAACGAAUUUUUGAAAAUCGAAGUUCAGAAAAUUAUUAAUUAUUAUUAUUCACAAUAUUUGUCAUUUUAUCCGAUCGUUUUCACAUUUAGUUACCUCUGAAAAAAAGUAAGACGGUCGAUCGAGUUUUKAAUUGGUUAAAAUCCAUGCAAUUCGAAUCGAUAUUGAAUAAAUAACCUUUUUGCCACACCGGUUUUUACAUCAAAACUGAAAGCCAAUAAUACAAAAUGAGUUUUAACCGCUACAAAGACGUCAUUGAAGAAGGUGACACGGUCAUAUUGUACAUAAAUCCACAAGCCAUGUAUGCUAUCCAAGCCCAGUCAGUAAUCGAAAAUCGCAAAGGAGAAAAGAUCGAAAAUGUUAUGCAAACUAAGUAUGGAGCAUUGAAGAUUUCUUCGUUAUUUGGCAAACGGUUUGGAUCAAAAGUGAGUUUGUCCAAUGGAUGGGCUCAUGUUUUGUAUCCAACACCUGAACUUUGGACACAGACAUUGCCGCACAGAACUCAGAUUAUAUACACACCAGAUAUAAGUCUAAUUAUGUUCAUGUUAGAACUUAAGCCUGGUAGCAUUGUGGUUGAAUCAGGUACCGGAAGUGGAUCGUUGACUCAUGCCAUGGCCUUUAGAGUAAAACCUUCUGGACACAUUUAUACAUACGAUUUUCAUGAACAAAGAGCAGAUCAAGCCCAAAAAGAGUUUAAAUCUCACGGUUUAUCCGAAAAUGUCACCAGCCAAUGCAGAGAUGUUUGUCAAAAUGGAUUUAGUGAUGAUGUUACCGGUAAAGCUGAUGCUGUAUUCUUAGACUUGCCUCAUCCACAUCUAGUUAUUCCAUUUGCUAUUAAAGCUUUAAAACCAUCAGGUGGUGGGAGGAUUUGCACGUUUUCGCCAUGCAUUGAACAAGUGAUGCGCACGUGUCAGACGCUGCUGGACCAUGGUUUCGUCCAACUGAAGACGGUCGAGUGUCUGGAAAAAGAAUAUCAAGUGCUGAACAGGACCGUGACCACGUUCGCCACUGCCAGUAGACCGCCGUCCGCUUCGGGACCGCAGAAUACAACCGAAGAACCGAGUAAUGACAAGAAAUUUUUGGCUUGCAUCCCUUCGUCGUCCCCUCGCGGCCACACGGGUUAUCUGACCACGGCCACGUAUCUCAUGGAUACCCGAAUACUGCAGCAGCAGCAGGAGGAGGAGGUCGAGGUCGAGGACGCGUGCGAAAAGUGAAUACUCUGACGGCAGAAGAUUGUGCAGGGAUUUUGCGGUCGUAAAUAUAUGUCUCCGGUUAAUCGUCACAUGCAUAUAUAAUAUUACAUUAUAUUAUAUUAUUGUCUGUUUUAUUAUUUUUUACGUACAAUUAUUGCUGUACAUCAUCGUAUGCCGUAUUCGUAUAAUAUGCUGCAAGUGUGUGUAUAUUGCGCGCUCGACUGUUCCAUUGUA